UAGCAGUGGUGGAGGUUUAAGAGAUUUUAGGUCGUUAAGCAGCAAAAAUGGGGAAGAAACAGAGGCAAAAUAUAAAGGAAAGCAAGGAAGAAGAAGGAUCUGUAACUAAACACAGUCCUAACACAGUCUUCAUCUCCAACAUUCCUCGCUCCUUCACUAACUCUCAGCUUGAAGAGACUUUCGGUGAUGUCGGACCAAUCCGGCGCUGUUUUUUGGUUACUCAGAAAGGAUCAACUGGACACCGUGGUUUCGGCUUUGUUCAAUUUGCUAUCAAAGAAGAUGCUGAUCGUGCAAUUGAGCAAAAAAAUGGUUCAUCUGUUGGCAAUCAGAAAAUUACUGUUAAACUUGCUAUGAGCCGUGCUCCCCUAGACCAGCGUAGAGCUAAGGCAGCUCAAGUGGCUGACUCAGACGGUGCACCAAAGAUAAAAGAUGAGACUACAUCUAAGGUAGAUGAGGAUGCUACAAAAUUACAGGAUUCAGUGAAACAUCUGAGACGGAAAAAACCAGUGAAACUUGUCAGUGAUCUGGCAGAUAAAGAGAAUUGUUCUGGAAAGCAAAGGGUUGCGAGGACUGUAAUAUUUGGUGGCCUUCUUAAUGAUGCUAUGGCUGAAGAGGUUCAUCGUCAUGCCAGAGAUAUUGGGAAUGCCUGUUCUGUAACAUAUCCUCUUCCCAAGGAAGAUGUUGAGCAAAAUGGUCUUGCACAAGAUGGAUGUCAAUCAAAUGCAUCAGCUGUUCUAUAUGCUAGUGUGAAGGAAGCACGUUUAGCUGUGAGAAAGUUACACCAAAAAGAAAUUAAUGGCGGGAUUGUUUGGGCACGCCAGCUGGGAGGGGAGGGUUCCAAGACUCAAAAAUGGAAAAUUAUUGUCAGAAACCUUCCAUUCAAGGCUAAAGCUAGUGAAAUAGAGGACCUGUUUUCAUCAGCAGGUUUUGUUUGGGAUGCAAUAAUCCCGCAUAAUACAGAAACAGGGUUAUCCAAAGGUUUUGCAUUUGUCAAAUUUACAUGCAAACGAGAUGCCGAAAAUGCCAUUCAAAAAUUCAAUUUGCAAAAGUUUGGAAAAAGACCUAUGGCUGUUGAUUGGGCUGUUUCCAAAAAACUUUAUAGCAGUGGUGCCAAUGAUUCUGCUGUUUCAGAAGAUGGGAAUCAGAAUGAAAGUGACAGUAACGAUGAUGACCUAGAGGAAGAUGAGGACGAGGAUGAGGAUGAGGAUGAGCAUGGUUCUACCCCAGAAAACCCAGAUUCAUUUGAGGGGAAAAAAGACAUGCCUGCUGACGCUGAUUUUGAUGCAGAGGCAGACAUGGCUAGAAAAAUUCUCAAUUCAAUCACAUUUGCAUCUAAAGAUUCCGUUACUUCUGAUGUGGAUGAUUCUGUAUUACCUAAGGAAAGCCGGAAGAUAAAUUUAGAUGAAAUUGUUAACAUUCCAAAGAAGUCCAGUAUGCAAGAAAGUGUCUCUGGUGUUACUGUGCCUGAAACUUCACCUGAAAACAAUUUAGCUGAUGGUAAAAAGACCAAGGGAGAAGAUGAUGAUUUGCAGAAAACAGUUUUCAUAAACAACCUCCCAUUUGACAUUGAUAAUGAAGAAGUGAAACAACGAUUUUCUGUAUUUGGACAAGUGAUAUUCUUCGCUCCAGUCCUCCACCCGGUGACCAAGCGACCAAGGGGUACUGGUUUCCUCAAGUUUAAAACAGACGAGGCAGCUACUGCAGCAGUUUCUGCAGCCAAUACUACUUCCGGCUUGGGGAUUUCGUUAAUGGGUAGGCAAUUGACAGUCUUGAAGGCUUUGGAUAAGAAAUCAGCUCAGGAUAAGGAGAUGGAGAAGGCGAAAACUGAGGAUACGGAUCACCGUAAUCUUUACCUGGCAAAGGAAGGAUCUAUUCUCGAGGGGACUCCAGCUUCUCAAGGUGUUUCAGCAAGUGAUAUGGCUAAGCGGAAAUCGCUACACGAAAAGAAAACGAUUAAGCUUCGAUCUCCAAAUUUUCAUAUUUCAAGGACCAGGCUUGUUAUGUAUAACAUACCCCAUUCAAUGACAGAAUUGAAACUCAAAAAACUUUGCAUUGAUGCCGUUGUCUCCCGUGCCACAAAGCAAAAACCAGUUAUUCGACAGAUAAAAUUCUUGGAAAGUUUAAAGAAAGGGAAGGUAAAGAACCAAUCGCGCAAGGUCGCCUUUCUCGAGUUCACCGAGCAUCAACAUGCACUUGUGGCCCUGAGGGUUCUUAAUAAUAAUCCUGAAACUUUUGGCCCUGAGAACCGUCCAAUCGUGGAGUUUGCAGUUGAUGAUGUCCGCAAGUUGAAGAUCCGGAAUGCUAAGUUACAAGGUCACAUGCAAGGAAACAAUGGUAAUUUGAAGGGCAUGCGGGGUACUAAUGCAUCGAAUGCACCAAAUGAUGUAACAAGCCAAAAGGAAAAUUCUAUAAAGCGGAAUUCCAGAGACUUUAACAGAGCAACAAAGGAUUCAGAACCGAAUAAAAAUGAAGGGGACAAUUUGGUUUCUGGGGGAGCUUCUCCCACUGUAAGUGAAAAGAAACGCAAGAGGAUUUCAGAAAAUGCGGAAAGAAAACCUGCUCGUGAAGGAACUUCUGAGGGGCCAAGACGGAAGGGAAAAGGCUCUGUAGAGAAGCAGACCGAUCAUCGAGUUGGGAAUCCCAGUCUGCCAAGUUCCAUCAAAGGUGAAAGGAUAACCAAAAGUACUGGCAAAUUUGCCAAACCUUCGGAGGAAGCAGGAUUGAAGCUGCAGAAAAGGAAACUAUCAAACCAAGGCGAACAACAAGAGCGAGAGAAAAGGUCGAAAAGGAACAAAGAACCCGUAGGACGGGAUGUUGUCGACAAACUUGACAUGCUUAUAGAACAAUACAGAUCCAAGUUCUCAAAUCAAAGGCCAGAGAAACUUGAUGGUGAAAAGCAAGCUAAUAAACCAACCAAGAGAUGGUUUCAAUCAUAGUUUUAUGUUUCCAUGCGUUGUAUCUCUCCUUGCCGGAAUUUUUGUGUAAACUUUGAUGAGGAAUCUAACUUAAAUGUCAUACUUAAUUUUGUCUCA